AAGAAGGAAAGAAAAGGAUGGAAAAUGAAAAAAGAAGAAAACUUCCCCGUGUAUUUCGCGGAGUUCAACGUACUUCUUGGAAAUCUUAUUGAAGUCUUAACUAAUUAAGUAGUUACCUUACGUACUUAACAUAUAUUUAUCAAGUUUUACGAUUCUCGAUAAAACUAUAUAGGUAGAGAUAAAACAUUGUAAACUUCGUCGAUGUUUAAUAACGUACGUAACAACGUAGAUACGUUGAUACGAUGGAUCAGGGAGGGAGGAAGGGGGGUGAGAGAGAGUGAAGAGGAAGAAAAAAAUAAGAGAAAAAAUGAAGAACAAGAAAAAGAAAUAAGUAAAAAGAUAUGAAAAAAAAAUGAAGAAGAAGAAGAAGAAGAAGAAGAAGGAGAAGAAGAAGCAAGGAAAAAAAAGGAAAAGGAUAAAGGAGUAGCAGACGAAGAGGAAGACAAAAAAGAAGAAAACAACGACGCGAUAAAAAAUAUUCGUAAUAACGAGUAUCGCGAGAAAGAUAGAGAUAGAUAAAUAGAUAGAUAGAUAGAUAGAUAGAUAGAGAAAGAGAGAGAGAGAGAGGAAGAAGGAAACGUUUCGCAAAAGUUAUAAUGGAAGGAGAAGAAUGAGAUAUGGAAUGGGCCGCAAAACGAACCGGACUGGACCGAACCGAAGUGUUAGUGUAUUAGUAUGUUUUAGAUCCGUGCAUCACGAUUCGUAUGGACGAAUCACAACUCCUCUCUCUCGUAACCUAGGAUAUCCUCUCAGUCGUAUUUAAACCAUUGAGGAUCGAACACCAAACGCAACUCUUCUCUUUACCAAAGUUUUCCACGGAUUCGUAAAAGAAAUAUUUGUAAUAAACGGCGUAAACAACGAGUCGAUUAAUUUUAUAAUAGUUAAUCAUCGUCAUCUCGCAAUCGUCUGGAACGAUAUAUCGUUAUUUUGUCGUCAGGUGAAUCAUUUGUUUCCAUGUUAAACGUCGUUUAACAUCAACUAUAAAAGUUUUCCUAUUCGAUUUGAGAAAAGAAAGGAAAUCUAAAGUAUAUACACAUAUAUAUAUAUAUAUUGUAUAUAUAUAUACGUAUAACAUACAUAGAUAGAUUAUAUCGAGAGUGUCCCCGUUAAACUGCUUUCACCUCGUUUCGAAGAUGUUGUCGAGUAAUCGAAGGUAUACCAACAUGGUAUGGACAUUGGCGAGUUUACUUUGGCUGUUCGCCAAUUUUAUUACAAUUUCUCUUUGUCAAGAAAAAGAGGAGUCGCCAAAAGUACAAAUUAAAAAUGGCACGUUGAUCGGUUCGUUUAUGAUAACAAGGAACCAACGUAAAUUCGCUGGAUUCCGUGGUAUACCAUACGCAUUACCACCACUUGGCAAACUCAGAUUCGAACCACCACAACCGAUGACCUCGUGGAAAGGUACGUUGGAUGCACGGAAUGAUGCAUCAAUAUGCACUCAAAGAAAUAUUUAUACUCAUCAAGAAGAAAUCGUUGGUUCGGAGGAUUGCCUUUAUCUAAAUGUUUAUACACCUAAAGUACCUAACACAAACGAAGAAAAGAACCCUCGACAUAAUUUUCCCGUUAUGGUUUGGUUCCAUGGUGGUGGUUGGGUCACCGGUGCCGGUCAUUCCGAGUUUUAUGGACCUAAAUUCUUUUUAGAUCAUGACGUUAUUCUUGUUACGUUGAAUUUCAGACUUGGCCCACUGGGAUUUUUAAGUACGGAGGAUUUGAUAUCUCCUGGAAAUCAAGGUUUAAAGGAUCAGGUUCAAGUACUUCGAUGGAUUAACGAAAAUAUUGCUGCAUUCGGUGGCGAUCCGAACAGAGUGACAAUUUUUGGUGAGAGUGCUGGUGGUGCAAGCGUUCAUUAUCACAUGAUGAGUAAUCUCUCAAAAGGUCUAUUCCAGCGUGCUAUAUCGCAAAGUGGCAACGCUCAUUGUCCCUGGACCUUAACGAGACCUGGUGAAGCCAAAAAAAAGGCAGAAACUAUCGGAAAACUUUUUAAUUGUCCGACCGAUGACUCGAUGGCAAUGAUAAACUGUCUUAAAACGAAAGACGCGAUCGACAUUAUUGGCACGGAUCGAAAGUUUCAGGAAUUCGAUUAUUGUCCGAUGAUACCGUUCAGGCCAGUGAUCGAGCCCGAUCAUUCAAAUGCCUUUAUUACCAAGGAUCCCAUUGUUAAUACAAAAAUUGGUGCAGUUUUGGAUAUACCAUGGAUGAUAGGUGUUACUUCGGAGGAGGGAUCUCUCAGAGUACCAUCGCUCUACGCUCUACACGAUGGAGAACUGAUCAAGAAAAUGAACGAUGAUUUUCCGAACGUUGCACCAUUGACCUUGUUACACGGUGAAACCUGUCCUGAUCAUUUGCGAGAUAUAAUUAGUCAUGCGAUACGAGAAUUUUAUUUCAAGGGAAAUCCUAUAGAUAAUUCCACUCGUUUUCAAGUUAUCGAUAUGUAUAGCGAUGCUUGGUUCAAUCAUUGUACUCGCACGUCGAUUCGUGAUUUUUACAGAACCCAAUCGUCCCCAAUUUAUUAUUAUUAUUUCUCUUACAAAGGUAGCGCCUCAUUUAGCAAAAUAUUCGGCGAUGAUAGCAUGGAUUACGGUGUAACGCAUGCCGACGAUUUGCAAUAUUUAUUUCCGGUUGGCGAACAAUUAUUUCCGGACGUUCCAUUGUCCAAAGAGGAUCAUAAAAUGAUCGAUAUUAUGACGCUACUUUGGUUCAAUUUCGCUAAAUCUGGAAAUCCCACGCCAGAAAUAACAGAAACUAUAACGGAAAAAUGGAAACCAGUGAAGAGUGAGUCAUUAGAAUAUUAUCGUAUAAGCAAUUCAAUUUUAUCUAUGUCGGACGAUCUUCAUCCAGAAAGAAGAAAGUUUUGGGAUAAUUUGCCGGAAUGCAUUAAUCAGGAUAACGCGAAUAAGAUACCCCAUGGUAUUAAAGAGGAAUUAUAAAAUCGCGAGUUGUCGCGAUCGAUCUGUUGUCGCAUUAGAAAAUUAUUAGAAAAGAUAUAUGUAAUUAAAACGAGACUGUAUUUAACACGAAUUGUUUCCGAAUAUUGUUAAAGGAAAAUGUUUUAUAUAUAUACAUAUAUAUAUAUAUAUAUAUAUAUAUAUAUAUAUAUAUAUUAUUAGAAAUGGAUAUUUCUAUUGGAAUAGGAAUUUUAAAUGACUGAACAUAGAUUAUUAUAAUACAAUGAGGAUCUCACUACGUGAGUUUAGUACUGUUCCGUCUGAGUUGAUAUAAAUGUAGAAAUAAAAAAAAAAAAAAAGAGAGAGAGAGAGAGAGA